AUGGCAUUUCUUGAUCUCGGUUGCAACAUUGGUGCAUUUACUAUUCCAAUAGCCAAGCUUGGGCGACGGGUGAUUGCGGUUGAUGCCAACAAGGAGAACCUAAAGAUGCUGGCAACGUCACUGCAUCUUGGUGGGCUGGAUGAAAAUGUAACUCUUAUAUGGAACGGUGUUUCUAAUGAAACGAAAUAUGUACAUCUUGUCCCAUCCACAAACAAUGUUGGUGGUACAAAGAUAGAACAAUCGGAUAUAAAAAAUCCUAACGACAAUGAAAAUAGUAUCAUAACAAUAAAACUAGAUGACAUGCAAACACAAUUUGGUUCUGGUCCAUUCUUCAUGAAAAUGGAUAUCGAGACUCAUGAAGCAAUGGCACUUCGGGGCGCUGUGACAUUCUUCAAAGAAACUGACGUACGUUAUAUACUGAUGGAAUGGAUGCACUAUAAAGACACGAAAGAUAUGAAGGUGGGCUCGUUCAUAACUGACUUCCUUUCCAAGAAUUCAUUCAUCCCGUGUCGAAUAUCUGACUCAAAAGAACUAGUGAUGGAAGAUGCAUACUCAUCAUGGCCUAAUGACAUUUUGUGGAUAAAGAAAUCAAUUUAG